AUGGUUGUCUGUCGAAAAUGGCUUUCUUUGAGUCUUGUUGUUCUGUACAUUGUCCUCCAAUUGAGUGCAAUCACCACUCUAGGUGAUGGGAAAGUUGACAAAACAAGAUUUCGCGGUGAUGAUGAUGAUUGUCAAUGGGGUCGGAGAUGUGGUGGUCGGUUUGAUCGAGGAAAUCGUGGUAGGGGACCAAGGGGCGGUGGCUUUGGAGGCGGAGCUGGAGGAGGAGGAGGCUUUGGUGGUGGUGGAGGUCAUGGUGGAGGAGCAGGGGCUGGUGGUGGUAUAGGUGGUGGAGUUGGAGGUGGUGCUGGAGGUGGUGGAGGAGGUGGUCAUGGAGGUGGGUCGGGUCAUGGUGGGGGUUUUGGAGCUGGUGGCGGUGUAGGUGGAGGUGUUGGAGGAGGUGGUGGUCUUGGAGGAGGCGGUGGAGGCGGUUCAGGAGGAGGUGUUGGUGUUGGUGGAGGUUCAGGCCAUGGGGGCGGUUUUGGUGCUGGUGGUGGUGCAGGAGGUGGAGCUGGAGGCGGUGUUGGCGGUGGAGGAGGUGCAGGAGGAGGUGGUGGCGGCGGUGUGGGUGGAGGAUCAGGCCAUGGAGGCGGUUUUGGUGCAGGAGGUGGUGUCGGAGGUGGAGCUGGUGGAGGUGUUGGCGGUGGAGGAGGCGGGGGUGUAGGCGGCGGAGCUGGUGGUGGCCUAGGAGGUGGAGGAGGUGCUGGUGGUGGUGGCCAUGGUGGAGGAAUUGGAAUUGGAAUUGGGAUUGGCAUUGGUGUGGGAGCUGGUGCCGGUAGCGGCCAAGGAUCUGGAAGUGGGUCCGGUGGAGGUGGUCGAAAUUAA